AUGUUUACCUUUUUUGCUACCGUAGUCCAACAGCUGGACGUCAUUCCUGCCUUGGGCUCUUCGCUCUGGACCGUCAUAAGUACUUUUGUUAUGGUUGCUGUUGUGCGAGAUCCUUUCCCGGCUUUUCUUCACAAUCUUCCGCUAUUCAGUCUAGCGAUUGCCAACGCCGCUCUGCUUGGACUUCAAGUUCCCCGUGAUUUUUCGAAUCGGGCGUCUCAUGCCACGUCUCUUGCCGAUUCCCGUGCCAUCGGGCAAGUUAUGGGUUUUGUUGCAUACAGAUUUCGAGAAGGCAAACUCGAAUGCGUAACUUCUCGUGGAUCAGAAAUUCGACACUGGUGUUUCACUUUUCAUGCUAUGUCCACUCCAGACCAAGCAAAGGAAGUUCAUAACGGUAUAGUUGAGAAUGGAUACUCGUUUAUUAAUGGUCGUAACUUGAAUCUGUUCAGAGAUGUGUUCAUUGCCUGGAGGCGUCAAGCACAAUCGGUUGUUGAACGAGUAAACCGUCGUCGAAUCUUCUGUCUCGCCGGCCUCCUAUGCGAAUCGGUGGCUGUUAUUGUUGUAAUCUCGCUGAUUGGGAAUAUACAGGGUUCAGGUUCAAACAUGUUCGGCUCAUUUGAAACAGCUUCUAGCACUUCCGGCAUUCCGUAUUUUACAUCACCGCUGGAGUUCUCACUUCUACAAGUUGUUUUGUCUGUGAUUGUAAUAUGCUUCAGCGACUACUUGUACAUCCUCGUUAAUAUAAGCCGCUCAGUAACUUGCGAGACCGAAGUGCGUGCGAUCAUGUUGCAUUGUGUUUCGUCACGGUGGUUCAAUUGGGCCGGUAGCGAUUAUAGCUACUUGGAGAACGGCAGAAGGCUUCGCGGACUAAAUAUUCAUUUCGAUGAAGCGUCCAUCCCGGUGAAAGAACUACCACUACUAGGUUUCUUCGGUGACCAAGACGAGAGUGAGCGGUGCAAUGCGACGAUUCUGACAAAUGCUGCAAACUCCAAGCAGAUCUUGAUACGCCGUGUUGGUGAAUCGUUGCUUCGUGCAAGCUUGUACAAUGGUGAGGCCGACCGACAGACCUUGCUAAAUGAGAAACUUGAAAAUAUAGCAAUAGAAGUAAGCGACCGUAUCGUGUAA